AUGACCUUACAUAUCUUAUCCCUAUCACAGACACAUGUCCUUCACAAAAAGUUAUCUGGUGCUCGUAUGUUUGUGCUAAACAGACCUGAAAAAUUAAACGCAUUAAAUCUGAGCAUGAUAAGGAAUAUUGGACCUCAACUGAAGGCCUGGGAGGUAUCAACCCUGGCUAAAGUCAUUAUUAUGAAAAGUACGGGUAAAGGGAAGUUUAGUGUAGGAGAUGAUAUAUUAGACAUUUUACAAAAGGCAAACGCAAGGGAUCCAGAUGCGUUAUACUUUUUUCAGGAUAAAUUUAGUCUAGUGCAAAUGAUUGCAACACUUCAAACACCCUACAUAUCUAUUUUAGACGGUUAUGCAUUAGGUGGAGCCUUAGGCUUAUUCAUACAUGGACCUUUCAGAAUAGCAACAGAGAGAACCAUAUUUGCCCUACCAGAGACAAGCAUAGGUGCCUUUCUAAGCUCAGGCUCUAGCUUUUAUCUACCUCGUUUGGAUGGUGAAAUUGGAACUUAUUUGGCAUUAACCGGUAGCAGAGUGGAAGGAAUAGAUACGUUCUUUUCUGGAAUUGCAACACAUUAUAUUCCUUCUUCAAGGAUCCCUGCUUUAGAAGAUAGAUUAGUUGAUUUGGAGACUUCAGAACAUGAAAUCAUACAAAGAGUGUUGGAAAAGUUUGUUGAACCAAAAUCAGUCAACAAGGUUGGAUUUCAGAAAGAGGUUAGAGAAGUUAUUGAUAGAUGCUUUGCCCAUGAUACCAUAGAAGAUAUCAUCAACGCCCUUGACCAAGAAAAAUCAACCGCUUGGACGCGUGAAACCAAACAGAAACUACUAUCUUUAUCGCCAACAAGUUUGAAGGUCACACUAAAGGCUUUAAGAAAGGGCCGAUCCAUGUCGCUGGUCGAUUGUUUAAAAAUGGAGUUUGAUCUUAUUCAAAAAUUUUUAGUAACUAGAGACUUUCAUGAAGGUGUAGAGGCUAUGUUUUUGAGUAAACCUAGACGAAAGCCACGAUGGGAACCUUCUCGAUUAGGAGAUAUAUCAGAUGAAGAGAUAGAUCAGCUUUAUUUUAAUCAACCAGCGCCCAAUCAACUAAUACUGUCAUCAAAAAAAGACCUUAGACACUAUCCUUAUGCCAGAUAUUCAUUACCAACCGAGGAAGACGUUCGGCUGGCGAUUACAGGGGAAGGCCCAGAGUUUAAACUCGAAGGCAGAUUAAAGGCACAGGAGGAUAUCAUCUCAUGGUUUGUCAGUGGACAUAGAGGAAAGUGGGGAGUAAAAGAAAAAGUACAGGACAUACUGGAUCGCAAGGCUGAAGUACUGACAGAGCAAGAUGGUGUUGUAUGGAAGAGUUGA